AUUAUUUCUCGUAAAAAAUGGUCUUCAUGACUUGGCAAUUUUGGCGGAAUUAUUUUCAAUCAUUCCUACAUCGCAAGUUUCAUCGUUCAUACCUCUCCAAUCUCUUCGAGAUCUUACGAUCCAAAUCUAUUCACCUACCUUUUCAUUUCAAUUUCAAUUUCUAAACACUCUCUUCUCCUGCGAACUCAUUGCAAUGGAAGAAUCCACCGGUAUGGGAUCCAAAAAGAAAACCGCAGCUUUGGAACAUGAGAACGCAACAAAGAACGAGGAGAUCGAUAAAAUGAAGGAGAAGAUGGAGAAAAUACCCAAGGAUUCGGAGGAUUCAACGAUGGAGUUGGAGGCGGAAACUGCAAUGCUUCGUAAAGAAGUGGUGGGAUCGAAAGUAGAGGUAGAGAAACUAAUGAAGAUUCUAGAAGAGAAAGAAAAUAAGAUUGAGAUGAUUGAAAAAAAAGGAAAAGAGCUGAGACAAGAGAAUGGUGAGAUGGAAAUGAAGGUUAGGGAAUUGGAGAGGAAAAUUGGAGUUAAUGAAAUGAAAGAAGCUGAAGAGAAUAGUAAGAGAGUUAGGGCUGAGGAAGAGAUGAAGGAAAAAGUUGAUGAAAAAAAUAGGAAGGUUGAGGAAUUGGAGAAUGUUGUUAGAGAGAGAAAAAUUGAGUUAGAAAAAUGGUUAAAAGAGAAUAGAAAUUUGGAAGAGAAAGUUAGGGUUUUGGAAUUUAGUUUAAUGAAUAUGAAUGUGAAGGAGAAUGAGAUGGAGAUGAGUUGGCCUAUUGUGGCAGGUGGGUCUUUAGGAGGAAUUGCUAUGGUGGUUGUUUUGUUACGUUUUUUAUUUGGGAAAAAGAGAUGA